UACGUGUGCCACUGUGUCCUGUCCUGUAGGACCUAUACUGGCCUCAGACAUGGCACGCCUGGCCCUCCCCGUCUUCCUCGUUCUUUGCUUCUCUUUGCUCCACUUCAGCUCUGGCCGUCCAUCUCGCACCAGGAAGGCCGUGUCACCUCGCCAGUCUGGAGCUGCAGAGGAAGAUGAUGUAAAGUCCCAGCUUGAGAGGUUGUGGUGGGAGGUGAAUUCACUGAAAGAGAUGCAGGCGCUGCAGACAGUCUGUCUCCGUGGCAUUAAAGCUCACAGGAAGUGUUAUCUUACAAUUGAGGAACCCAGACAUUACCAUGAAGCAAAUGAAGACUGUAUUGCACAAGGAGGAACUCUUGCAACGCCGCGGGACAUGAUGGAAAACAAUGAACUGAGAGACUAUGCAAAGAGGAGUGCUCCAGGAUCCAAGGACUUCUGGAUCGGCGUGGCAGACAUAGUGAAAGAAGGCCAGUAUGUUGAUGUCAACAGCAUGCCAGUCAGCUACUUCAACUGGGACCGCUCCAAGAAGCAGCCCACAGGAACGAAGAGGGAGAGCUGUGUUGCCCUCUCAGUGGUUGCACAAGGAAAGUGGUACGAUGAGGUGUGUCGCAGCCUCAAAAAGUACAUCUGUGAAUAUGUCAUUCCCUAAUUGGAGACACGUGGUGGUUGCUGACAAUUUGAUGAUCAUUUGUGCGGGUCAUUAAUUAAAACUGUGCAAAAAUGA